GUGCAGACUACAGUCACCCAUGUACGUCGCUAAUUAACAGCUUCACGCGAGUUCCAGAUUAUAUUGCUUAUUUGGCAUACGUCCUCGCCCAUAUGCCCCAGGAGGAAGAUCGCAUUCGCACCAUAGCCGGCUAUCUACUCAAGAACAACGCUCGUCUUAUACUGCGUUCAACAUCGGAUGUUGUGGCAUUUGUCAAGGCAUCCGUUCUCCAGGCGUUCGUCGACCCAUCUGUCAUGGUGCGGAACGCUGCCGGUCAAGAUAUAGUGGCUUUUUUAGGCAUUCUGGAGCCGCGAAAUUGGCCGGAGUGCUUGCAGCAACUCGUGCACACAUUGGAUUCGUCGAGUUUGGAGCAGCAGGAGGCCGCAUUCAACGUCCUGGAAAAAGCCUGCGAGGACUACCCACGCAAGCUCGAUGUCGAGAUCAACGGCACCAUGCCCCUGGAUUACAUGAUUCCCAAAUUCCUUAUGCUCACCGAACAUCCGAACUCAAAAAUGCGCGCGCACGCGGUUGCGUGUCUUUCGUACUUCGUACCCAUUAACUGCCAAGCGUUGUUCGCGCAUAUCGACGCCUUCAUUGCUGCUCUGUUCAAGCGAGCGUCCGAUGACGAUCCCCAAGUGCGGCGGCAUGUCUGUCAAGCAUUGGUCCUGCUUCUCGCGUCGCGCCCGGAGAAGCUCAUGCCGGAGAUGGCGAACGUCGCGGAAUAUAUGCUCUACUCCACCAAAGACAAGAACGAGAACGUUGCCUUGGAGGCUUGCGAAUUCUGGCUUACCUUCGCCGAAGACCCUGACUUGGCUCCAUGGCUCCAUCCGCUUCUCCCACGCGUCGCUCCGGUACUGCUUGAUUGCAUGAUUUAUGGUGAAGACGAUCUUCUCUGGCUCGAUGCUGACGUCGAGGAUGCCGCCAUCCCUGACAAAGACACCGACAUCAAGCCGAGACACUAUAGCGGCAAGGCGCAUGGAUUCGAGCACGACGGCAACGGCGAUGCCCUACCCCAACCUCAGCGCAAGGUCGGAGCGUACGGAGAAGAGCUUGAGGAUGAAGAAGACGAUGAGGACGAGGGCUUCGAUGAAGAUGAUGACGACUUUGCGGACGAGAUGUCGACGGAGUGGAAUCUGCGCAAGUGUGCAGCGGCGGCACUUGACGUGCUGGCAGUCCGCUUUGGCGCGGAUAUGCUCAAUCACCUGUUGGAACCGUUGAAGAACAAGUUGUGGAGCGAGGAUUGGUUGCAAAGGGAGAGUGGUAUACUGGCUUUAGGUGCCAUGGCAGAAGGUUGCAUCGAUGCUAUUGAGCCACAUCUACCUACCCUGAUUCCCUAUCUCAUCAAUACUCUGAACGAUCCCAAGCCUCUUGUUCGAUCUAUCACAUGCUGGACCCUGGGUCGAUACGCGAGCUGGUGUACCCAACCAGUAUCAGACGAACACAAGAACCAGUUCUUCGUGCCUACGCUCGAAGGUCUUCUGCGCAUGGUGUUGGAUAAUAACAAGCGCGUCCAGGAAGCCGGAUGCAGCGCCUUCGCCACAUUUGAGGAGGAUGCUGGACCGGAACUCGCGCCCUACCUUGAGCCAGUCCUGCGGAACCUUGUGUUCGCUUUCGACAAGUACCAGCACAAGAACAUGCUCAUUCUCUAUGAUGCUGUUGGUACUUUGGCAGAUGCUGUCGGUAGCGCUCUGCAAAGUCCGACGUUGGUCGAGAUUCUCAUGCCGCCAUUACUCAAGAGAUGGUCGAAGUUGAAGGAUGACGACGAAGACUUGGUGCCUUUGCUCGAGUGCCUGGCGUCGGUAACCAUCGCGAUUGGGCCUGCAUUCUCGCCAUAUGUUGGCCCAAUCUUUGAACGGUGCCAAAGCAUCGUUCACUCGUCACUACUCCAAUAUCAGGCUUACCAGCAGAAUCCCGACAUGGACGAGCCCGAUCGUUCCUUCUUGGUUGUGGCACUUGACCUCCUGUCCGGAUUGACACAGGGCUUGGGCAUGGCCCUCGAGCCGUCCAUCUCGCGCAGCCAGCCGAAUUUGCUCACGCUCCUGACGGUCUGCCUUAAGCACCCACAAGCACCCGUUCGCCAGUCAGCGUAUGCACUUGUCGGUGAUUUGGCAAUGAACUGCUUCCCAAUUCUGCGACCACAUAUGCCCGCGAUCAUGCAAGAAUUGAUUGUCCAGCUCGACCCCGAACCGAAAGUUGAGUUCGUCAGCGCGUGCAACAACGCGGCAUGGUCUGUGGGCGAGGUCGCGCUCCGGUAUGGCAGGGAUGAUCCCGAGUUUCAGCAAUGGGUGCACCCGCUGAUCUCGCGUCUCAUUCCAAUUCUACUUCACCCGAAAGCGCCGCGCAGCCUUCACGAGAACGCCGCUGUCUCAAUAGGGCGAAUAGGUCUCAUGCAUCCGCAGAUGGUCGCGCCUCUUCUCCCUGAGUUUGCACAGGCCUGGUGCCAAGCACUUUACGAAAUCCGGGAUAACGAAGAGAAAGACUCAGCGUUCCGCGGUCUGUGCACACUCGUGCAGACGAACCCUGCCGGCAUUGCGAAAAGUCUCCUGUGGUUCUGCAACGCGAUCGUCAAGUGGAACAACCCGUCACAGGAGUUGAACACGAUGUUCCAGCAGCUCCUGAGCGGGUUCAAGCAGCAUGACGCGCAAGGCUGGGCUGCGCAGGUGUCUACAUUCCCGCCCGUCAUACAAGAAAAGCUCCGGAUGCGGUACGGUGUAUAGAUGGUCUCUCUAAUGCAAUGUCAAUACGUUCCUCGUGCUUCGUGUUCUGUGAUUGCUAUCUGCUGUGGUCGCGGGUGCGCGCACACCUCUCUGCAUGUACGUCGCGUCGACGACUCUGCUUUGAUCAAGCCUCUUGUACCAUCACCUGUUUCCUCCGCAUUUUUUUUGGAUCCUCCAGUAGUAGCAGUAGCAGCAGCAUCACAUUCUUCUGUCUCAUUAUUCGUCUCAGUAGCACAUAGUAGGUAGUCACUCCUUCCAAGUAGCUAGCACAUUUUCCAGUAGUAGUAGUAGUAGUAGUACCAGUAGUAGUAGCCACACAUUUUUUCUCCUAGUAGGUAGUACUCACGUUCGCA